CAAAUUCCUCGCAUGGAGCUGGAAAUUUUCCACCAAGUGAUGUUUGGAAUUUCCCUUGGCCGUCCGGAUUAAAAAGCAGGGGACAACAAGAGCGUUGUGGAUCAUACCACUUGGCCCAGGACCAUACUGUCUGAGGAUCCAGCGAAGUUCAAAAUGACAGAAAAAUCUCUGCCCUUCUACAGCGUCUGAAUCAUGGGAAAUGUCGAGAGCCAGAAUGGGGACCAUACCCUCUAUGGUAAUGAACGUGGCCAUUUGUCACGCAAGCACAUGUCUCGUUCCCUUCGCAUCUCCAACAAACAGUCCAGACGCUCUCGACAUGCCUCAUCAGGGAAAAUAGAGCACAGGAAUUCUGAAACCAGUACGCGUUCUAGUAGCACCCCCAGCAUCCCACAGUCGCUGGCUGACAACGGCCUGGAGCCCUUCAACGAAACUAAUGUCCUCUCUGACUUUGGCAGCCCCAUAUGGGUGGACCGUAUGGCCAUGAACCUGCGGCCCGUGUCUUUCCACAAUGACCUGGCCAACCCCUCAGUACACAUAGACACCAUGCAUUUGCCUUUGCUCAGCCCCACCCCCCGGGAAGCACAGGAUGGAGGAGUGUACACAGGUGAGGUAACCUACCUCCAGAAAACCAGGGACAGUCCCAGGGAAGCUGUCACCUUUAAGAAGAAGAGAUCCAAGUCUGCUGACAUGUGGCGAGAAGACAGUCUGGAAUUCUCUCUGUCUGACCUCAGCCAAGAGCACCUGACCAGCACCGAGGAGAUCAUAGACACAUCGAAAGUGAGACACUUUACUGACUGCGAUGGCCACUUUCAGUCCCGCCCCCAGGGGCUUGAAGUACUGGACUCUGCUGACCGUGCUAAUUCCCUGGAUGAACUUUACAGCCAGAAGAGCCCUUCUCAUAGGCAACCCCACGGCCGCUAUGCCAAGUGGCACGAUGCCAACAGGGCUAUCCGGGAAGGCAUGGAUGAUAAGAUGCUGUCCCCCUCAGAAGAGGACGGGAACACCUACGGUGCAUACACCCUUCCCUGCCGGCGCUCCCAUUGCCUGUCUGAAGGUCUGAGAAAUCACCAAGCCUCUGUGUGUUCCAGUAUGCAAGGCAGGAGGGCACAGACUAUACAGGAUGUCACCGCCGGGGAAGGCAGCGAGUUUGAGGACAGUGGCAUUGACGGGGUGACGGUGGAGGUGGAGCACCAGUCCAGACGCUACAAGACCAUGUCGGCAUCCUUCUCCGUGUGCUCGGCGGCCACCAGGAGCAUGUUUGCCGGGAGUGACAGUGGCAGCAGCAGCGGAGGCGGCGUCAGCGAGUGUGUGCAGGGAGUGUACGAGAAUUUCCGACAAGAGCUCGAAAUGAGCUCCUGCCAGACGGAAAGCUUGGAGGAGGCCGGGUCGGCCCUGAGCGACGAGCAGAGCAGCAUGAGCUCAGCCUACCAGUCUGACCCACUCCUCAGUGUUGCCCAGGGAACCGUCCGCAAGGCUGGCAGGUUGGCUGUCAAAAACUUCCUUGUCUAUAAGAAGAACAAGAAAGUGGAGUCAGCGACCAGACGCAAGUGGAAGAGUUACUGGGUCUCGCUGAAAGGUUGUACUCUUUUCUUCUAUGAGACUGAUGGGCGUUCGGGGAUCGACCACAACAGUAUUCCUAAGCACGCCGUAUGGGCGGAGAACAGUAUCGUCCAGGCUGUCCCAGAGCAUCCCAAAAAGGACUUUGUCUUCUGCCUCAGCAAUUCCUUAGGUGAUGCUUUUCUGUUCCAGACUUGUAGCCAGACGGAACUGGAGAACUGGAUCACAGCCAUCCACUCGGCAUGUGCCACCACCGUUGCCCGCCAGCACCACAGAGAGGAUACGGUGCGGCUGCUCCGCGCUGAGAUAAAGAAGCUGGAGCAGAAGAUCGACAUGGACGAAAAGAUGAAGAAGAUGGGGGACAUGCAGCUCUCUGCUGUUACGGACACCAAAAAGAGGAAGACUAUUCUGGAUCAAAUCUUCUUAUGGGAGCAGAACCUGGAGCAGUUUCACAUGGAUCUGUUCCGCUUUAGGUGCUACCUGGCCAGCCUGCAGGGGGGAGAGCUACCCAACCCCAAGCGCCUCCUGGCAUUUGCCUCCCGCCCCACCAAGUUGGCUAUGGGCCGACUAGGUAUCUUCUCAGUCUCGUCAUUCCAUGCACUGGUGGCAGCUCGCACAGAGUGUGGGGUUAGACGGCGCACACAGGCCAUGUCCCGCUCUUCCAGCAAACGCAAGAGCAGAUUCUCAUCCCUCUGGGGGCUGGACACUACCUCAAAGAAGAAGACAAAAGCCCAUCCCAGCAUCAACCAGGUCUUUGCUGAUGGUGAGGAGCAUGUGAAAAAGCCCCUUGGCCUAUACGUUGAUCCUGCCAAGGAUUCUCUGCAUAGUGACGAGGGAACUGUGAAAAGUCUUCCAAGAGCCAGCACAGAAAGUGACAUCUGGGCUCCUGACCACCUCACUCCUUCCUGGGUGUGUUUGCCAAAUGACCAGCCAGUACUAACCAUCAUCCAGCCGGGGGAGUCUGUUCUCUGUGCUCUGGAAACCAUCUGCAAGGCUCACCGGCUGGAUUCCACAAAACACUAUCUGCGACUAAAAUUUCUCAUCGAAAACCAAGUGCAAUUCUACAUCCCCAAACCAGAGGAGGACGUGUGUGACUUGCUGUAUAAAGAAAUUGAGCUCUGCCCCAAAGUAACAAAAGUCAUCCAGUUUGACCGUGACGAGUCCUGCAUGAUUGGAUACGGUUUCUCCAUUUCAGUGGUGGAGGAGGAUGGUGUGCAGCAGCUCUAUAUCACUGAUGUGAAGGCGGGUGGAUUAGCUUUCGCCAAAGGUCUAAACGCAGGGGAUGAAAUACUGCAGCUGAAUGGAAAGGACUCUCACUGUCUCAACUUUUCGGACAUGAAAGCGGCUUUCUCCAAAGCCUCGCUGGCUUUGACCGUGAACACCCUGCCCUCUGUGGACCGCCGUCAGCUCUGCUAUCUGCCCCCGCGACGCUCGGACGCUGAAGAAGAUCUCUAUACUGACAUCUUCUCCCAGAGCCAAGAGGAAAUCCUGGAUGACGGGGUGGGACUCUUGCUGGAAAGCUCGGGAGACAGCUUGGAUGAUGACUCGGAGAUCUUCAGCGAGGUUGACGAAUGCAGGAAGUGGAGCAGACACAGCAAGCGCUCCUCAGAGUCCAUCUAUGACAUGCUUCAUCUGAGCACGGAACAAGUCGCUGCUUUCUGCCGCAGUCUCCAUGACAUGAAUCCCUCUGAGUGUGUGUCCUCCUCGCCGAGCCCGGACUCACCGUUCCCACCUCCCGUCACUCCUCGACAGCUGUCCGACGCCGACAAGCUCCGCAAAGUCAUCUGUGAACUCGUGGAGACUGAGCGCACCUAUGUCAAAGAUCUUAACUGUCUCAUCGGGAAGUAUUUAACACCGCUGCAGAAAGAGAGCUUCCUCACUCAGGAUGAGUUGGAUGUGCUGUUUGGGAACCUGCCUGAGAUGGUGGAGUUCCAAGUGGAAUUUCUCAAGACCCUGGAAGACGGGACAAGACUAGUCCCAGAUCUGGAGAAGCUAGAGAGGGUGGAUCAGUUUAAGAAAAUCCUUUUCUCCCUCGGAGGUUCUUUCCUGUACUAUGCAGACCGCUUUAAGAUAUACAGUGCUUUUUGUGCCAGCCACACCAAAGUCCCCAAGGUCCUCGUAAAGGCUAAAACAGAUGCCGAUUUCAAGGCUUUCCUGGAUGAACGCAACCCCAAACAGCAGCAUUCAUCCACCUUGGAGUCGUACCUGAUUAAACCCAUCCAACGGGUUUUGAAAUAUCCCCUUUUGCUGCGGGAGCUCUUCUCUCUCACAGAUCCCGACAGCGAGGAACACUAUCACCUGGACGUUGCGAUGAAAGCCAUGAACAAGGUGGCAAGUCACAUCAACGAGAUGCAGAAAAUCCAUGAGGAGUAUGGCGCGGUGUUUGACCAGCUUAUCACCGACCAGAGCGGCGAUAAGAAAGAGGUUGCUGAUCUGUCCAUGGGUGACCUGCUGCUUCACACCAGCGUUGCAUGGAUCAACCCGCCAGCCUCCUUAGGGAAAUGGAAGAAAGAGCCCCAGCUAGCCACGUUUGUGUUCAAAACAGCAGUUGUCUUUGUGUGCAAGGAUGGAUCGAAACAGAAGAAGAAAAUAGGCGGCUCCCACAAAGUCUCUGUCUCCUCUGAGGAAAAAGACCCGUUCCGAUUCCGUCACAUGAUUUCAACCGAUGCCCUUCAAGUCAGAGCGUUGGCCAAUGCAGAUGGUGACGGUGCUGCAGUGUGUGAGAUAGUCCAUACCAAGUCGGAGUCGGAAGGAAGACCAGAGAGAACAUUCCAGCUGUGCUGCAGUUCCCCCGAGAGUAGAAAGGACUUCCUGAAGACGGUUCAUUCCAUCCUGCGGGAAAAACAGCGGCGGCAGCUGCUCAAAACGGAGAGUUUACCCCUCAGCCAGCAGUAUGUGCCCUUUGGAGGAAAGCGGCUCUGUGCCCUGAAAGGAGCCCGUCCUGCCAUAAAUAGAGCAGUGUCUGUUCCAACUAGGACUUUAGGCAGGAGGAAGCUUGUGCGCAACCGAUUCACCAUCGACACCGACAUUGUUUUCGAUGGCGAGCCCGACCAGGAACUUACUUCCCCUCAGGAGCUCGACUCACAGCAGCAGCAGGAAAAACAACAACAACAACAGGAACGGCAUCAGCAGUCAGAGUUGGCAGGUGACACGGACCGCUGGGUGGAAGAACAGUUCGAUCUGGAGGAGUACGAGGACCAGGAGGAGGUGAAGGAGACCGAUAUCCUCAGUGACGAUGACGACUUCUGCCUGUCAACCAGAACGCCGUCCGUCGAGGCUAACUUGGAGGCCCCUGUCAAGGCCCUGACCCUCAAGGGCGAGGAAAAAGAAGCGGACGGGGGCUCAAAGCCUCCGACGGCGAUGAGGUCGGCCAACACGAGGAGGCAGCUUUCAAACAUGGCCACGCGGCGUGGCGUUACGGGGGUGUGCGCGGAGGAGCGGGCGCGGAUGGAGGGGGAGGAGGUUUGGGUACGCAGGGAGCAGGCCGCCUGCUCGCAAGAACACGGCACAUAAAAUGCAAAACGGUUAAGAGCAAAUAGAGGACGAGCGCCUCACCCGAAGAGCUUUACAUCGGCUUCAUAAAAAGAAAUCAGCAAACUCUAAUCUCACCCCCUGUAAGCAAUGCAUGGGCAUUGACGCGUCAAUCACAGCUAUCGAAAAUAUAUCCUCACCAGUUUAUCUGAAUGCUUUUUCAUCGGUGGAGCAAUACUAGAGUCAGGAGCGAGGGACCUUAAUCCCAAUCAGAUGCUGUUACUCGGAGGCCGUUUGUGAGCUUUGAGAGAUGAACUAAUUGUACAAUCAUGAAAUCGAAUCAGUUGUUCCGACUGGCAUGGUUUGCACAUUUGGGCAGCGCUCCGCGGCUCUGCCUGCUGUUGCCAAAAUCUUGGUAUUGUGAACACAUUAUCUCUCGUCUGUGUGACUCAGAUAAUCUCAUAGUUAAGGGCUGUAUAUUAUCCGAAUUUGUCGAGAAAAAAAAAUAGAAACAAGCAAUCGGAAAAAGGACGGUCUAGUUAAGUCUCGCAUAGUUUAUUAUACGUUUUCACACCAAUAAACACUGACACAUCUUCUGAGCAGGUUUUGUGGUGAUGUUCCAAUAUGGUAUUUGGUUUUGCGGACGCUAUCUUUCUAGCUUGACAAAAAUCUCCCAUAAUUCUGCUGUUCCACGCAAGAAACCAAACGUGGAAUAGGAGAAUUAUGUAACGCCGCCGCCCCCCUUCAAAGAGGCAAGGGAAUUUUAAUUUCGUUUUAACUUAAUAGAAUCCUGUGUUACUUGAAUUUGCUGUUUCAUGUUUACUGUGAAAUCCUUUUCUUCAUUGUUUUUCUUUACUGCUCUUUAGUACAUAACAUCCUGUUGUAUUAAUUUCUGCACCACCAUGUGGAGAACUACAUCAUCACUUUUGUUGGAAGGUCUGGUUACGGAGUCUAUAUGUAAUGGAUCACAAAGCAGUGUUGUUUUUUUUUUUAUUUAUUCAUUCAGCUGUAUAUUAGGAUUUGUUUUAAGUCGACAUGAGAAGAAUUUUUUUUCCAAAAAUCUAGUCCAAAUUUGCUAAAACAAUCAAGGGAAAAUAGUUAGGGUAUGUUUGGAUGGUGAAAGAGGUCAUAUACUUGUAAAACAACUCAUUGUGCUAAUAAGGAUGCAUUUUUGUUAC